UUCUUCAUGAUUACAAACCUGUUUGACGUUUCAGGCAGCUUUUGUUCUUGUUGGGCAUCUUGGAUGCCUCUUUCCAUAACUGCUUUAACUUAUCAAUUUUUUGUAUUGAUUUUUUAUUUACAAAAUAUUCGUUUCCAAAUUUAUUAUCGUUUAUUUAUAGUGAUCGGGCGUUAUCUCGUAGAAAGUAUGUUGUUGUAGUGAUGCAUAUGUUUGUGUUAGAAUAACUUUGUAAAUACCACUUACAAAAUACAAUGGACGAACAAACGAGAAUGUUGACACAUGGAGGUUUGAUAGGGUCUCAUCCUUAUGGUAUGAAUAACCAUAAUGAUGCCUCCAACGAGAACGAUGGUGUUAAACAGCAUGAUAUCCUUGACAUUCUACAGCAAAUAAUGAGCAUCACUGAUCAAAAUUUAGAUGAAGCUCAAGCUAGAAAGCAUACAUUGAAUAGUCAUCGCAUGAAACCAGCACUCUUCUCAGUGCUUUGUGAAAUCAAGGAGAAGACCGUAUUAUCACUAAGAAAUGUACAGGAUGACGAUCCUCCAGAUCCUCAGUUGAUGCGGUUAGACAACAUGUUGAUCGCUGAAGGAGUGUCUGGUCCUGAAAAGAAUUCAAGUCAGGCAAUAACAGGAGCACAAAGUAUUCAGUCUGAUAGCGCAAUAGAACACUCCGAUUAUAGAGCAAAGCUGGCCCAAAUUCGUCAAAUUUAUCAACAGGAACUAGAAAAAUACAACCAGGCUUGCACAGAGUUCACAAAUCAUGUUAUGAAUCUUCUUAGAGAGCAGUCACGUACUCGACCUGUUACGCCCAAGGAAAUCGAAAGAAUGGUCCAAAUUAUCCAUAAGAAAUUCAGUUCGAUUCAGGUGCAACUGAAACAGUCGACUUGUGAAGCCGUAAUGAUUCUGAGGUCCAGAUUUUUGGAUGCAAGAAGAAAACGCAGAAAUUUCAGUAAGCAGGCUUCAGAAAUCUUGAACGAGUACUUCUAUUCCCACCUUUCAAAUCCAUAUCCUAGUGAAGAAGCUAAAGAAGAAUUGGCACGUAGGUGCAACAUCACAAUCAGUCAAGUUUCAAAUUGGUUCGGUAACAAGAGAAUUAGGUACAAGAAGAAUAUAAGUAAAGCGCAGGAAGAAGCAAAUUUGUAUGCAGCUAAGAAAGCAGCAGGUGUUUCUCCAUUUGGUGAUGGUACUCCAACAUCAAUGAUGUCACCAGGUCCAGAUGGUGUUGGAUAUUCUAUGGGCGGUUCUUACGAUCAAAGCCCUGCCUAUGAUUCAAGGUAUGAUCCUAUGAAUUCACCAUGAUGAUCGUAAAGUAUGGAUAUAGGCUUUGGUACUGAAAUAUUAGUAUUCUAAAAUAGCUGUAUGUUAGUUUUAAAACUUCGAAUUUGUUUGUAAAAGCUGGGAUCCGGGUUUGGGAAAACAAGAAAAAUUAUUCUGAAUCUUUCAUCUAUUUACCAAAAUCAAGAUUGGAAGUAUUGAGCAUUUUACCAUGUCUUAUUUUCAAUUGCAUCUACAUCAGAGUAUUUUUCUUGACCAGUGAUUUUUUUUGCUAUGGAUUGGACAGUAUUAAUGUGAAAGAUUCUUGUGUUUGAAUCAAGACUUUUGUGCUAAGUUAGUGUAGUUAAGUAAUACGUUUUCAAUAAUGUAUCUUGUGGGAAAUUAGCUUUGAUUUUUUCCAAACUCUUGAAAUUGUGCAACGUCAAUUAUUUGACAGAGAUAUCGCUUACGUUUCUUCAGAGUAAAAGAUUCAAUUGACGAAGUGAUCAAUUUGUGCAAUAAUAUUUUUUUUAUGGAGGAAAGUACUGCAAGAUUACCUACUGAAAACAUUCAUGAUAAUUUAUUUGUUUCAUAAAGUAUCCGUGUAGUAUUAAGAGUAAGAAAUUUCAAAUCACAAUUACGUUCUUAUUGACGAUUGUGAUUGUAUUGUCAUCCUAUGUAUACGAGCCUAAUAAAAAUAUAAAUACAACAUU